AUGAAUGAAACAGUUGACAGUGUUUAUCGGUUCGUUACUGAUCAAUCAUCAACAGCAUAUAGUAAAAUGAAUUCAUUUGUUUCAUCACUUCGUCGUCGUUUUGAUAAGGUACUUACAGUUGCUGCUACUUCUUCUAAUAAUACAUCUUCAACAAAUCCUUCAUCAACAAAUGACGGUGAGAUUUUAUUGCUUAAAGAAGCUAUAACAGAUGCUUAUCUUAUGCUUGCUAUGACAAAUAAUGAUAAUAACGAAUUAAAAGAUUGUUUGCAUGUUGCUGAAAUUUUUCAACAACAAUCAUGUUCACCCGCUACUGCACGUCGUUUAAUUAAUGAAAUACGUUCGUUUAUAUCUUUAUCUAAUUCAGAUGACUAUUAUUUAACAAAUAAAAAAACAGAUCAAACCAAAAGAUCAGACAAACAUCUCAAUGUAUAUGAUACAUUGAACAAACAUCGUCCAUUAACACGAUCAAAUCCGAAUGUACACAAUACCAAUAAAAGCGAGGCGGGUAAGCCCGUUAAUAUGCAAAGACAUUCGCUUCGUAGCUCUAUGCGUAAUUUACUAAAACGUCGUUCAAUAAAAGUUCCAUCUAAAAAAAUUCUAGGCCCACCAUCCAAUGAUCUUCAAACUCCACAUAUAUACGAAACACUCGAUACACCAUCACCGGAAAAAACAUCACCAAUUGAUUCAUCAUCAGCACUCGAACUACCAUAUACAUCAUCAUCAUCAUCACCAAUAAUAAAAUCAUCCUAUUUAAUUCCAUCAUCAAUUGUUGUUCUUGAUCAUUUUACAACAAAUCUUUAUCUUGUUGUUAAUUCAACCUUAAAUCAAUUAUUUGUUGUAUUUGGUUCAACAAAAAUUCAUACUAUUAAAUUAUAUGAUACAAACGGACGAAAAAUUCAUUCAAAUGAUCUUAUCUUACAAUAUAAAUUUGAAGAUUUACAUGGUUAUAAAUUAUUAUCAUCAGCAUUAAAUAAUAAUUCAGAAAAUCGUUUAAUUGUUAAUGAAAUACGUGUUUAUGUUACUGAAUCAUUAGACGAAUCAUCAACAAAUCAAACACUUAAACAACGUUUAUUAUUUUUUGAUCAAACUGGUCAAUUUAUGUCAGCAUCAAAACGUUUACCUAUAACAAAUGAAUUAUUAUUUGUUGAAGUUGAUCGUUCAACACCAUCUAUAUAUGCAUAUGAUGGAUUAAAUUUAAUAAAUUUAGAACGUAAUUGGUCAACAAAUGUUGAAAAUAUUGAUUGUAUAUCAUCAGGUUCAACAUUUCUUGUUUGUUUACAUACAAAAACAAAUCAAAUAAGUAUAUAUAAUAAUCAAACUGGUUCAUUUAUUUAUCGUUGGUUAAUAACAACACAAAAUAUUCAUCAUUUACAAACAGUUUAUUUAUGUGUAUCACGUCAUGAUUUAAUUUAUGUUUUAGUUUGGAAUUGUGAUGUACAUCCAGUUAAUAAUCUUGUUCUUGUUUUUGAUCAAGAAGGACAAUUACGUCGAGAAUAUUAUAUACCAAAUCGUAUUACACCAAAUAUGCAUGGAUCAUAUGCAUAUGAUAUGACACUUGGUGGACAUCAAUCAAGUAAUCCAUUUGCUAAUGUAAUUCGUCGUCCAUCAACAAAACCAAAUCCACAAGCAAUGGCAUGGAUGCAACAACAAGCUAUGUGGAAUGCUGGUGGUAGACAGCAUCCACAUUUAUGGCCAAAUACUCUUGGACCAAGAUCACCCAUGCAACCAAUUUAUCAAGGUAUGGGUAGACAUUAUGAAAUGUAUCAUCAUCAACAACAACAACAACAACACCAUGAUGAUAAUACAUUAUUUCAUGCAAGAUUUAUUGCUAUUACUGAUGAUGAUACAUUAAUUCUAUCAAAUAUUAUUGAUCUUGGUUUAGAUGAAGAAACACAAGAAACAGCUGUUGUUAAUGUUAGUCGAAAGAUUUUAUUUUUUCAUAUUGAUACGUAA